AUGUCAAAGAAGAAGUUACAUAAGAGGUCAGUCACAGAAAAAGAUACAUUUGGUCUUCCAUAUGAUAUCCUUAGCGACAUCCUUAUUAAGGUACCUGUUAAAUCUUUGUUACGUUUUAAAUCUAUUUCUAAACCAUGGAAUGCUAUAAUCUCUGGUGAUGAAUCCCCUCUUAAGAAUUCUCAUGUCUUAUGCUCACUUGAUGGUUUGGUAUUAUUAGAUAUAAAUAUGCUUGAUGAGACGUUUGCUUUGUGGAAUCCAUCAACCAGACAACACCAAACUCUCAGAUGUCCAUAUUUGAUCAACUCAACUCGUGCUCGUGCUUGUGGUUUGUGUUAUGAUUGUACUGUCCAUGAUUACAAGGUUAUAUUGAUCUAUAGCUUGUUUUACGUUGUCUACUCUACGAAUACAGAUUUUUGGACAAUGAAAACAAUGUUCCCAAUUUUUGAAGUACUAGAAUCAUAUCAUGGUAGUCGGGGUAUUAAUCGGGGCAUUAGCACUGAAGGUCGUGUAUACUGGUCUCUAGAUUGGGAACUUCUUAACCAGGGUGUACGUAAAGUUUCUACAAUCAUAUACUUUGAUGUGAAGUUAGAUGAACUGAAGGAGCUUCCAACAGAGGCGGAUCCAGGAUUUUAA